AUGUCUAGUAAAAUCCCAUCAAAUGCUACAUUUAAGGAUAAGGAGAAACCUAGAGAGGUUCGUAAAGCUAACAUCAUUGCAGCCCGUGCUGUUGCCGAUGCUAUUCGUACUUCUUUAGGUCCAAAAGGUAUGGAUAAGAUGAUCAAAACUUCGCGUGGUGAAAUUAUCAUCUCCAAUGAUGGGCAUACCAUUUUAAAGCAAAUGGCAAUCUUGCACCCGGUUGCUAAAAUGCUAGUGGACGUUUCUGCUGCUCAAGAUGCAGAGGCUGGUGAUGGUACAACUUCAGUUGUUAUUUUAACUGGUGCCUUAUUGAGUGCUGCUGAUAGAUUAUUAAAUAAAGGUAUUCAUCCAACUAUCAUUGCAGAAUCAUUCCAGAGAGCAUCAAAAAGAUCUGUUGAAAUCUUAUUAGAAAUGUCUUCAAGAAUUUCCUUAAAUGAUAGAGAUGAUCUAAUUCGUGCAGCUACUACCUCUUUAAGUUCCAAGAUUGUUUCACAAUAUUCCAGCUUUUUAGCUCCAUUGGCAGUUGAUUCAGUUUUGAGUAUAACAAAUGAAGAUUCUACAAACGUAGACUUAAGCGACAUUAGAUUGAUUAAGAAAGUAGGUGGUACUAUUGACGACACAGAAAUGAUCGACGGUGUUGUAUUAACUCAAACUGCUGUUAAGACUGCAGGUGGUCCAACCAGAAUCGAGAAGGCUAGAAUUGGUCUAAUUCAAUUUCAAAUUUCACCACCAAAGCCAGACACUGAAAACAAUAUUGUUGUUAGUGAUUAUAGACAAAUGGACAAAAUUUUGAAAGAAGAAAGAGCAUAUCUGUUAAAUAUUUGUAAAAAAGUUAAGAAGGCUAAGUGUAAUGUAUUAUUGAUUCAAAAAUCUAUCUUAAGAGAUGCAGUCAAUGAUUUAGCUCUACACUUUUUAUCUAAAUUAGGUAUUAUGGUUGUUAAAGACAUUGAAAGGGAAGAAAUAGAAUUUUUAAGCAAAAGUUUAGGUUGUAGUCCAAUCGCCGAUGUUGAUUUAUUUACUGAAGAUAGAUUGGGACAUGUUGACUUAGUUGAAGAAGUAGAUAGCGAUGGUUCAAGAAUUGUAAAAUUAACCGGCAUUAAAACUGACUCCAGCAAACCAACUGUCUCCGUUAUCAUACGUGGUGCCAACCAAAUGAUUUUAGAUGAAACAGACCGUUCUUUACAUGAUGCUCUAUGUGUUAUUCGUUGUUUGGUGAAGGAAAGAGGUUUAAUUGCUGGUGGUGGUGCUCCAGAAAUUGAAGUUUCUCGUAGAUUAACAAAUGAAUCCCGUGAAAUGGAAGGUGUUGAAGCUUUUAUCUGGCAAGAAUUUGCCCAAGCUUUGGAAAUUAUUCCAACUACAUUGGCUGAGAAUGCUGGUCUAAAUAGUAUAAAGGUUGUAACGGAAUUACGUUCUAAACAUGCUAACGGUGAAGUAAAUGAUGGUAUUUCAGUAAGACGCUCAGGUACAACUAACACUUACGAAGAACAUAUCUUACAACCGGUAUUAGUUAGUACCAGUGCUGUGACAUUAGCAUCCGAAUGUGUUAAAUCUAUCUUACGUAUCGAUGAUAUUACAUUCAGUCGUUAG